CGAGCCGCGCGGACGAGAAGCCGCUCCGGAGGAAACGGAGCGCUGCCCUGCAGCCCGAGCCCAUCAAGGUGUACGGACAGGUUAGUCUGAAUGAUUCCCACAAUCAGAUGGUGGUGCACUGGGCCGGAGAGAAAAGCAACGUGAUCGUGGCCUUGGCCCGAGAUAGCCUGGCGUUGACGAGGCCCAAGAGCAGUGAUGUGUACGUGUCUUACGACUAUGGAAAAUCAUUCAAGAAAAUUUCAGAGAAGUUAAACUUUGGCGUGGGAAAUAGGAGUGAAGCUGUGAUUGCCCAGUUCUACCACAGCCCUGCGGACAACAAGCGGUACAUCUUUGCAGACGCUUAUGCCCAGUACCUCUGGAUCACGUUUGACUUCUGCAACACUCUCCAAGGCUUUUCCAUCCCAUUUCGGGCGGCUGAUCUCCUCCUACACAGUAAGGCCUCCAACCUUCUCUUGGGCUUCGACAGGUCCCACCCCAACAAGCAGCUGUGGAAGUCAGAUGACUUUGGCCAGACCUGGAUCAUGAUUCAGGAACAUGUCAAGUCCUUUUCUUGGGGAAUUGAUCCCUAUGACAAACCAAAUACCAUCUACAUUGAACGACAUGAACCUUCUGGCUACUCCACCGUUUUCCGAAGUACAGAUUUCUUCCAGUCUCGGGAAAACCAGGAAGUGAUCCUUGAGGAAGUGCGAGAUUUUCAGCUUCGGGACAAGUACAUGUUUGCUACAAAGGUGGUGCAUCUCUUGGGCAGUCAACAGCAGUCUUCUGUCCAGCUCUGGGUCUCCUUUGGCCGGAAGCCCAUGCGAGCAGCCCAGUUUGUCACAAGACAUCCUAUUAAUGAAUAUUACAUCGCAGAUGCCUCCGAGGACCAGGUGUUUGUGUGUGUCAGCCACAGUAACAACCGUACCAAUUUAUACAUCUCAGAGGCAGAGGGGCUGAAGUUCUCCCUGUCCUUGGAGAAUGUGCUCUAUUACAGCCCAGGAGGGGCCGGCAGUGACACCUUGGUGAGGUAUUUUGCAAAUGAGCCAUUUGCUGACUUCCACCGAGUGGAAGGAUUGCAAGGAGUCUACAUUGCUACUCUGAUUAAUGGUUCUAUGAACGAGGAGAACAUGAGAUCGGUCAUCACCUUUGACAAAGGGGGAACCUGGGAAUUUCUUCAGGCUCCAGCCUUCACGGGAUAUGGAGAGAAAAUCAGUUGUGAGCUUUCCCAGGGCUGUUCCCUUCAUCUGGCUCAGCGCCUCAGUCAGCUCCUCAACCUCCAGCUCCGGAGAAUGCCCAUCCUGUCCAAGGAGUCAGCUCCGGGCCUCAUCAUCGCCACUGGUUCAGUGGGAAAGAACUUGGCUAGCAAGACAAACGUGUACAUCUCUAGCAGCGCUGGAGCCAGGUGGCGAGAGGCACUUCCUGGACCUCACUACUACACGUGGGGAGACCACGGCGGAAUCAUCAUGGCCAUUGCCCAGGGCAUGGAGACCAAUGAGCUAAAAUACAGUACCAAUGAAGGGGAGACCUGGAAAACAUUCAUCUUCUCUGAGAAGCCAGUGUUUGUGUAUGGCCUCCUCACAGAACCCGGGGAGAAGAGCACUGUCUUCACCAUCUUUGGCUCGAACAAAGAGAAUGUCCACAGCUGGCUGAUCCUCCAGGUCAAUGCCACAGAUGCCUUGGGAGUUCCCUGCACAGAGAAUGACUACAAGCUGUGGUCACCAUCUGAUGAGCGGGGGAAUGAGUGUUUACUGGGACACAAGACUGUUUUCAAACGGAGGACCCCCCAUGCCACAUGCUUCAAUGGAGAGGACUUUGACAGGCCAGUGGUCGUGUCCAACUGCUCCUGCACCCGGGAGGACUAUGAAUGUGACUUCGGUUUCAAGAUGAGUGAAGAUUUGUCAUUAGAGGUUUGUGUUCCAGAUCCGGAAUUUUCUGGAAAGUCAUACUCCCUUCCUGUGCCUUGCCCUGUGGGUUCUACUUACAGGAGAACGAGAGGCUACCGGAAGAUUUCUGGGGACACUUGUAGCGGAGGAGAUGUUGAAGCGCGACUGGAAGGAGAGGUGGUCCCCUGUCCCCUGGCAGAGGAGAACGAGUUCAUCCUGUAUGCUGUGCGGAAAUCCAUCUAUCGCUAUGACCUGGCCUCGGGAGCCACAGAGCAGCUGCCUCUCAGCGGGCUACGGGCAGCAGUGGCCCUGGACUUUGACUAUGAGCACAACUGUUUGUAUUGGUCUGACCUGGCCUUGGACAUCAUCCAGCGCCUGUGUUUGAAUGGAAGCACAGGGCAAGAGGUGAUCAUCAAUUCUGGCCUGGAGACAGUAGAAGCUUUGGCUUUUGAACCCCUCAGCCAGCUGCUUUACUGGGUAGAUGCGGGCUUCAAAAAGAUUGAGGUAGCUAAUCCAGACGGCGACUUCCGACUCACAAUCGUCAAUUCCUCUGUGCUCGAUCAUCCCAGGGCUCUGGUCCUCGUGCCCCAAGAGGGGGUGAUGUUCUGGACGGACUGGGGAGACCUGAAGCCUGGGAUUUAUCGGAGCAAUAUGGAUGGUUCUGCUGUCUAUCGCCUGGUGUCAGAGGAUGUGAAGUGGCCCAACGGCAUCUCUGUGGACGACCAGUGGAUUUACUGGACGGAUGCCUACCUGAACUGCAUAGAGCGGAUCACAUUCAGUGGCCAGCAGCGCUCCGUCAUCCUGGACAACCUCCCGCACCCCUAUGCCAUUGCUGUCUUUAAGAAUGAAAUCUACUGGGAUGACUGGUCACAGCUCAGCAUAUUUCGAGCUUCCAAAUACAGUGGGUCUCAGAUGGAGAUUCUGGCGCACCAGCUCACGGGGCUCAUGGACAUGAAGAUUUUCUACAAGGGGAAGAACACCGGAAGCAAUGCCUGUGUGCCCAGGCCGUGCAGCCUGCUGUGCCUGCCCAAGGCCAACAACAGUAGAAGCUGCAGGUGUCCAGAGGGUGUGUCCAGCAGCGUGCUUCCGUCAGGGGACCUGAUGUGUGACUGCCCUCAGGGCUAUCAGCUCAAGAACAAUACCUGUGUCAAAGAAGAGAACACCUGUCUCCGCAACCAGUAUCGCUGCAGCAAUGGGAACUGUAUCAACAGCAUCUGGUGGUGUGACUUCGACAACGACUGUGGAGACAUGAGCGAUGAGAGAAACUGCCCUACCACUAUCUGUGACCUGGACACCCAGUUUCGUUGCCAGGAGUCUGGGACUUGUAUCCCACUCUCCUAUAAAUGUGACCUGGAGGAUGACUGUGGAGACAACAGUGAUGAAAGUCAUUGUGAAAUGCACCAGUGCCGGAGUGACGAGUACAAUUGCAGUUCUGGCAUGUGCAUCCGCUCCUCCUGGGUGUGUGACGGGGACAACGACUGCAGGGACUGGUCUGACGAAGCCAACUGUACCGCCGUCUAUCACACCUGUGAGGCCUCCAACUUCCAGUGCCGAAACGGGCACUGCAUCCCCCAGCGGUGGGCGUGUGACGGGGAUACGGACUGCCAGGAUGGUUCUGAUGAGGAUCCAGUCAACUGUGAGAAGAAGUGCAACGGAUUCCGCUGCCCAAAUGGCACUUGCAUCCCAUCCAGCAAACAUUGCGACGGUCUGCGUGACUGCUCUGAUGGCUCCGAUGAACAGCACUGCGAGCCCCUCUGUACGCACUUCAUGGACUUCGUGUGUAAGAACCGCCAGCAGUGCCUGUUCCACUCCAUGGUCUGUGACGGAAUCAUCCAGUGCCGCGAUGGGUCCGAUGAGGAUGCGGCGUUUGCGGGAUGCUCCCAAGAUCCUGAGUUCCACAAGGUUUGUGAUGAGUUCGGUUUCCAGUGUCAGAAUGGAGUGUGCAUCAGUUUAAUCUGGAAAUGCGACGGGAUGGAUGAUUGCGGCGAUUAUUCUGAUGAAGCCAACUGCGAAAACCCCACAGAAGCCCCGAACUGCUCCCGCUACUUCCAGUUUCGGUGUGAGAAUGGCCACUGCAUCCCCAACAGAUGGAAAUGCGACAGGGAGAACGACUGUGGGGACUGGACUGAUGAGAAGGAUUGUGGAGAUUCACAUAUUCUUCCCUUCUCGACUCCUGGGCCCUCCACAUGUCUGCCCAAUUACUACCGCUGCAGCAGUGGGACCUGCGUGAUGGACACCUGGGUGUGCGACGGGUACCGAGAUUGUGCAGAUGGCUCAGAUGAGGAAGCCUGCCCCUCGCUUGCAAAUGUCACUGCUGCCUCCACUCCCACCCAACUUGGGCGAUGCGACCGAUUUGAAUUUGAAUGCCACCAACCAAAGAAGUGUAUUCCCAACUGGAAGCGCUGUGACGGCCACCGAGAUUGCCAGGAUGGCCGGGACGAGGCCAAUUGCCCCACACACAGCACCUUGACUUGCAUGAGCAGGGAGUUCCAGUGCGAGGAUGGGGAGGCCUGCAUUGUGCUCUCGGAGCGCUGCGACGGCUUCCUGGACUGCUCAGACGAGAGCGACGAGAAGGCCUGCAGUGAUGAGUUGACUGUGUACAAAGUACAGAAUCUUCAGUGGACAGCUGACUUCUCUGGGGAUGUGACUUUGACCUGGAUGCGGCCCAAAAAAAUGCCCUCUGCUUCUUGUGUAUAUAACGUCUACUACAGGGUGGUUGGAGAGAGCGUAUGGAAGACUCUGGAGACCCACAGCAAUAAGACAAACACUGUAUUAAAAGUCUUGAAACCAGAUACCACGUAUCAGGUUAAAGUACAAGUUCAGUGUCUCAGCAAGGCACACAACACCAAUGACUUUGUGACCCUGAGGACCCCGGAGGGAUUGCCAGAUGCCCCUCGAAAUCUCCAGCUGUCACUCCCCAGGGAAGCAGAAGGUGUGAUUGUAGGCCACUGGGCUCCUCCCAUCCACACCCAUGGCCUCAUCCGUGAGUACAUUGUAGAGUACAGCAGGAGUGGUUCCAAGAUGUGGGCCUCCCAGAGGGCUGCUAGUAACUUUACAGAAAUCAACAACUUACUGGUCAACACUCUAUACACCGUCAGAGUGGCUGCGGUGACUAGUCGUGGAAUAGGAAACUGGAGCGAUUCUAAAUGCAUUACCACCAUAAAAGGAAAAGUGAUCCCACGACCAGAUAUCCACAUUGACAGCUAUGGGGAAAAUUAUCUAAGCUUCACCCUGACCAUGGAGAGUGAUAUCAAGGUGAAUGGCUAUGUGGUGAACCUUUUCUGGGCGUUUGAUACCCACAAGCAAGAGAGGAGAACUUUGAACUUCCGAGGAAGCAUAUUAUCACACAAAGUUGGCAAUCUGACAGCUCAUACGUCCUAUGAGAUUUCUGCCUGGGCCAAGACUGACUUGGGGGAUAGCCCUCUGGCAUUUGAGCAUGUCAUGACCAGAGGGGUUCGCCCGCCUGCACCUAGCCUCAAGGCCAAAGCCAUCAACCAGACUGCAGUGGAGUGUACCUGGACCGGCCCCCGGAAUGUGGUGUAUGGUAUUUUCUAUGCCACGUCCUUUCUUGACCUCUAUCGCAACCCGAAGAGCUUGACUACUUCGCUCCACAAUAAGACGGUCAUUGUCAGUAAGGAUGAGCAGUAUUUGUUUCUGGUCCGGGUAGUGGUACCCUACCAGGGGCCAUCGUCUGACUACGUUGUAGUGAAGAUGAUUCCAGACAGCCGCCUUCCGCCCCGUCACCUGCAUGUGGUUCAUACGGGCAAAACCUCCGUGGUCAUCAAAUGGGAAUCACCGUAUGACUCUCCUGACCAGGAUUUGUUGUAUGCAAUUGCAGUUAAAGAUCUAAUAAGAAAGACUGACAGGAGCUACAAAGUAAAAUCCCGUAACAGCACUGUGGAAUACACCCUUAACAAGUUGGAACCUGGUGGGAAAUACCACAUCAUUGUCCAGCUGGGGAACAUGAGCAAAGAUGCCAGCAUCAAAAUUACCACAGUUUCAUUAUCAGCACCUGAUGCCUUAAAAAUCAUAACAGAAAAUGACCAUGUUCUUCUGUUUUGGAAAAGCCUGGGUUUAAAGGAAAAGCAUUUUAAUGAAAGUAGGGGCUAUGAGAUACACAUGUAUGAUAGUGCCAUGAAUAUCACAGCUUACCUUGGGAAUACUACUGACAAUUUCUUUAAAAUUUCCAACCUGAAGAUGGGUCAUAAUUACACGUUCACUGUCCAAGCAAGAUGCCUUUUUGGCAGUCAGAUCUGUGGGGAGCCUGCCAUCCUGCUGUACGAUGAGCUGGGUUCUGGUGCAGAUGCAUCCGCCAUGCAGGCUGCCAGAUCUACGGAUGUUGCUGCCGUGGUGGUGCCCAUCUUAUUCCUGAUACUGCUGAGCCUGGGGGUGGGGUUUGCCAUCCUGUACACGAAGCACCGGAGGCUGCAGAGCAGCUUCACCGCCUUCGCCAACAGCCACUACAGCUCCAGGCUGGGGUCCGCAAUCUUCUCCUCUGGGGAUGACCUGGGGGAAGAUGAUGAAGAUGCUCCUAUGAUAACUGGAUUUUCAGAUGACGUCCCCAUGGUGAUAGCCUGAAAGAGCUUUCCUCACUAGAAACCAAAUGGUACAGCCUUUGAAGGUGACCAGAUAACUGUCUUCAUUGUGACCAGUUGGAGUCCCUCCUUGCUUGUGAAGAAGGGGCUUUUGUACCUUGUUGGAGAUGCCACCUCAGAAGUUCACACCGUGCCGGAAAAAGGUUUUCUUCUCUCGCGGUGUACAUUAGAAUGUCAGAUGCCUGCAUCCAUGUGGACCACGAUGGGCCUCUAAAAUUUGGUGGGCAGGGGGUUU